AUGAUCACAUCAAGACAGUUACCGCUCAUCUUUGUGUUCUUGUAUCAGGGGAAGAAGAAGAAGAAGAAGAAGAAGAAGAAGAAGAAGAAGAAGAAGAAGAAGAAGAAGAAGAAGAAGAAGAAGAAGAAGAAGAAGAAGAAGAAGAAGAAGAAGAAGAAGAAGAAGAAGAAGAAGAAGAAGAAGAAGAAGCAAAUAUAUGCUAUUCAGACAUGGGAGGAGAGAGGAGAAAAGAAGAAGAACUGAAGGGCGUGUAGAUGCAAUAUGUAACUGUUGGUAGUUCCCGUGGUUUACUCCUUCCUAGUUAGCAUAGCGUAGAUAACUACCUCUACUAGUGAACUCCUAGCUAGAACAACCCACUUAGCGAGUUCGACCCCUAUCAACAUCUCCAACUUCUGUUUUGACCCUGUUGUUCUUGUCUACCUUCCUGUACCAUAGCCUGACCUGUAGCCUGCCUGGCGUCCAAUCCAGUCGAUAUCUGUUUCCUGACCUCCCGAACC